CUCUACAUGCUGUCACUGGGAAUCCCCAGCAGCAGCUGCCUAAGGCCCAGUUUUUCUCCUACUGUUCAUGGCGACUGGAAGAAGAUAUCGGAGUAUUUCAGACCACCUUCAGGAUUAUGUUGGAAAUGAGGAGGAUUUCUCUGACCAGCAGCUCUGUGAACAGAGGAAUUCCAGUUCGGGUCAAGAGGAACCAGAACCUAUGCAGAUUAAAGAAGAGCAGCAAGAACCAGAACAUCCUUGGACCAAAGAGGAAAUCGUGGAGCUCCCCAUUAGUGAGCAGGAAGAGCAGCUUGUUCUGAAGCACGAUAAUGAAGAUACAGAGGAGAAACCUUUUCCAUGUUUGACAUGCCAGGAAAUAUUUCUGAAAAAAGAACAUUUAAUAGAUCACAUGAGAAAUCACACAGGUCUUAAGAUUUGUGAAUGUCUGUACUGUGGAAAAAGCUUCACUCAGAAAGCUGAACUUGAUAAACACAUUAGCGUUCACACAGGUGAGAAGCCUUUAGAAUGUUUGUCCUGUGGGAAGCGUUUCAACUUUAACUCUGAACUUAGUAAGCACAUAAGAACUCACACAGGUGAAAAGCCUUUCUCCUGUACAAUUUGUUACAAAAGUUUUACGCAAAAAGUUCAUUUGACUUCUCAUAUGAGAACUCACACAGGUGAGAAGCCUUUCAAAUGUCUGUCCUGUGGAAAAAGCUUCAGCUCUCAGUCUGAUCUUAAUAAGCACAUACGAAUUCACACAGGUGAGAAGCCUUUUGAAUGUCUGUCUUGUGGAAAAAGCUUCAGCUGUCAGUCUUAUCUUAAUAAGCACACACGAAUUCACACUGGUGAAAAGCCUUUCAAAUGUAUGUAUUGUGGAAAAAGCUUCACUAGUCAAUCUUAUCUUAAAUCACACAUCACAAUUCACACAGCCGAGAAGCCUUUCAAAUGUCCGUCCUGUGAAAGAAGCUUCAACUUUAGGUCUGAUCUUAAUAAGCAUAUAAGAAAUCACACAGGUGAGAGACCUUUCAAAUGUCUGUCCUGUGAGAAAGGCUUCAGCUUUAAGUCUGAUCUUGAUAGGCACAUAAGAAAUCACACAGGUGAGAAGCCUUUCAAAUGUCUGUCCUGUGAGAAAAGCUUCAACUUUAAGUCUGACCUUAAUAAACACAUAAGAACUCACACAGGUGAGAAGCCUUUCUCCUGUAAUGUUUGUGAUAAAAGUUUUACUCAAAAGAGUAUGUUGACUAGGCACAUGAUGACUCAUGUGAGAAACAUUUUUCCUCCAUGACAAAUUAAAUAAAUCGAAA